UGGAUGGAGAAGCAAGUUUUUCUUCAAUGGCACCACCAGCUUUCAAUGGAGAAAAUUAUCAAAUCUGGGUUGUCAGAAUGCAGACAUAUCUGGAAGCUUUGGAUCUCUGGGAGGUUGUAGAAGAUGAAUACGAGAUUACUCCCUUGCCAAACAAUCCCACAAUGGCGCAGAUUAAAAAUCACAAGGAGAGGAAAAGCAGGAAAUCAAAGGCAAAGGCAUGUUUGUUUACUGCAGUUUCAUCCACCAUCUUCACUCGUAUCAUGUCUCUAAAAUCAGCAAAAGAGGUAUGGGAUUAUUUCAAGACUGAGUAUGAAGGAGAUGAAAGGAUUCGAGGGAUGCAAGUGCUGAAUUUAGUACGUGAGUUGGAAUUGCAAAGAAUGAAGGAAAGUGAAACCAUAAAGGAGUAUUCUGACCGACUUCUUAACAUAGCAAAUCGCAUCAGAUUGUUGGGUUCCACUUUUACUGAUUCAAUGAUCGUUGAAAAAAUCCUUGUAACAGUACCUGGAAGAUUUGAGGCUACCAUUACAACCUUAGAAAAUACUAAGGACUUGUCCAAAAUUACACUAGCAGAGCUCUUGAGUGCUUUUCAAGCACAAGAGCAACGACGUGUUAUGAGACAAGGAGGAGUUGUUGAAGGAGCCUUACCAGCCAAACAUCAAGACGAUGGAAGAUAUAAAAAGAAGAAGAAGAAUAAAAGAACCAGCCAACAAAUAGAGAAGGUGCAGAACGCAACAACAAAAGCAAAUCGGGUAGUUCCAAAGGAAAUUACCCUCCUUGUAAGCAUUGUGGCAAGAACGGACACACACCUUUCAAGUGUUGGAAAAGGCCUGAUGCUAAGUGCAGUAAGUGCAAUCAGUUGGGGCACGAAGCAAUCAUUUGCAAGAAUAAAACUCAGCAGUAAGAAGCAGAUGCUCGAGUUGUUAACAGGAGGAAGACCAACUCUUUGUUGCAUCAUGUUUUGCAAGCAAUGUUUCAAGCGAGUCAUGGCUGAUCGAUAGCGGAUGCACAAAUCACAUGACUUAUUAUAAAGAACUCUUCAAAGAAUUGAAGCCUACUCGAGUUGCAAAGGUUAGAAUAGGCCAUGGUGGUCACAUUCCAGCAAAAGGAAUGGGAACCAUUAUAGUUGAGACACAAUCAGGUACUAAAACAAUAUCUGAUGUUCUUUAUGUACCUGACUUGGACCAGAAUUUGUUAAGCGUUGGUCAGUUAUUAGAAAAUGGUUUCAAACUUAAUUUUGAAGAUAAAUAUUGCUUGAUUAAGGAUCCCUCGGGACAAGACUUGCUUAAAUUCAAAAUGAGAGGUAGAAGUUUCUCAUUAGAUCCAUUUGAGGGAGAGCAGAUGGUGUAUUCAGCAAAAGAAAAUGUUGCUGCGUUAUGGCAUAAG